AUGCCUCCGAAUGGCCCUACUGCUGCAGCCAACAAUGGUCCUACGGCUCAGGUCACUCCGGCUAAAGGAGGCAAGAUCUUGGUGCUUCCCGGCGAUCACAUCGGUCCAGAAGUGGUAACAGAGGCACUCAAAGUUCUGGACAUCGUCGAGCAAGCGACUGGAGCUAAGUUCGAACGAGACUUUGAUCUCUGCGGUGGCUGUGCUCUCGACAAGCACAAAGAUUCUGUGACCGAGGAAGUCUUGAAGAAGAGCGAGCAAGUCGACGCGGUCUUCUUCGGCAGUGCAGGUGGUCCAGAAUGGGGUACUGCACAGCCAAACCCAGAGAGUGGGUUGUUAAGGAUACGAAAGAGAAUGCAGAUCUUCGCCAACCUCAGACCAUGCAAGUUUGCCAGUAAGACGAUGGUGGAGAGGUCUCCAAUCAAGCGCGAGGUCAUUGAAGGCGUCGACUUCAUGCUGAUCCGUGAGAACUGCGGUGGUGCGUACUAUGGCAACAAAAUCGAGGAGGCAGAUUACGCUUGCGAUCCUUGGGAGUAUUCAAGACCCGAAAUCGAACGUGUGGCUCGAGUAGCCGGAGCCCUAGCCUUGCAGGAUGAUCCGCCAGUGCCCGUGUGGAGCGUCGACAAAGCCAACGUGCUGGCAAAUUCGCGAGUGUGGAGAAGGAUCGUCACCGAGAUAUUCGAGAAGGAGUUCCCUCAUGUCAAGUUGCAGCACCAGCUUGCCGAUUCUCUCGCCAUGCUGUUCAUCACCAAGCCCACGGCGUUCAAUGGUGUGAUUGUGACGGACAAUACUUUUGGCGACAUCCUAUCAGAUGAGAGCGGUGGCCUUACAGGAUCUUUGGGCCUGUUGCCGAGUGCAAGCUUAGCUGGAGCACCUGGGACAGACCUUGGUCGGAACAGCGUUGGAGGAGUGGUAGGCCUGUACGAGCCAGUUCAUGGCUCUGCUCCUGAUAUCUCAGGCGAGGGCCUUGCAAAUCCCGUGGCCCAAGUCCUCAGUCUGGCUAUGAUGCUGAGAUAUUCAUUCAACAUGCAUAACGAGGCCGAUAGCAUUGAAGAAGCGGUCGCGAAGGUGCUGGACUCGAAAGCAGACGGGGGCCUCGAGAUCCGGACGGGUGAUCUAGGGGGCCGGGCUACCACCAAAGAUAUGAGUGAAGCGAUACAGGCAGAGGUGAAGCGGCUGCUCAAGCUUUGA